ACAUGUCGUUUGAAACUUUUUUCCUGUUCCUGGUUUUCCUCGUUGCUAUUAAAUCUGAAGAUUUGGGAUCGGAUGCCAAAGAAAAUGACAUAGAAUGUGUACUUUCAUGUGAAGUCGACAAAGUUGAAGAUUGGGAAAAGUGUGCGGAGGGAUGCUAUUCGGGAAAAAUGGAUGAUUCGGAUCGUACUUUCGUAUCCUGUGGAACCAAUUGCAUUAAUAAGUUUUUCAAGCCCAAUACAGAUGUGGCAGAUUUGCAGGAGUUUGAAAAUUGUGCCGAGAAGUGUGUGGAAGAUUAUCGUGAUCUAAAUGAGAAAUAAUAAUUAAACUUUUUUUUACUCAAAGUAUUUGUUUCUCAAUAAAUUUUGUGCAA